AUGUCAACCACUGUCGUCCCGAAGCUCUUCCAGCCUACCAAGGUCGGCAAGACCAUGCUCGCGCAUCGCGUCGUGAUGUCGCCGAUGACGCGCUGCCGCGCGAACGCCGCACACGUCCAUGGAGACCUCGCGGUUGAGUACUAUGCGCAGCGCGCCACGGUGCCCGGGACGCUUCUGAUCACCGAGGGCACGAUCAUUGCUGGGAAGGCCGGGGGAUACCCAUUCAUCCCUGGCAUAUGGAGCGAUGAGCAGGUCACUGCCUGGAAGCGGGUGACUGACGCGGUGCACGCUAAAGGCUCGCGCAUAUUCUGCCAGCUAUGGGCUAUCGGAAGAGCCGCGAUGCCCGACGUCCUCGCUGCCGAGGGCUACGAGCUUGUGUCUGCCUCUGACAUACCCAUGAAGCCGGACUCCAAGGCACCCCGCGCUUUGACCAUCUCCGAGAUCAAGGAGUACAUUCAACUAUACACGGAUGGUGCCCUCAACGCCGUGCGCGCGGGCUUUGAUGGUGUCGAGCUGCACGGCGCAGGGGGGUACCUCAUUGACCAGUUCACCCAGGAUGUGAGCAACAAGCGCACGGACGAGUACGGAGGCUCGAUAGAGAACCGCUGCCGCUUUGCUCUCGAGAUCAUCGAGUCUGUAUCGAAGGCAAUAGGCGCUGACAAAGUGGGCAUCAAGUUCGGUCCUUGGAUCACCCUCCAGGGAAUGCGCAUGGCGGACCCCAAGCCUACUUUCGCCUACCUCGUCUCCCGCAUCAAGGAGUUGUAUCCUGAAUUUGCGUACAUCCAUGUCAUGGAACCGCGUGUCGAUGGCAACGUCGAUCGCGAGGUGCAGGCGGGCGAGUCCAACGAUUUCCUCCGUGAGAUAUGGCUCCCGCGUACCUACAUCGGCGUGGGUGGAUACACGCGGGAAGACGCGCUUGAGCAGUGCGAGAAGACCGGCGAACUGAUCGCAUUCGCGCGUUCCUUCAUCUCGAACCCCGACCUGCCUCUGCGUCUUGCCAAGAACCUACCGCUCACCAAGGGUAAGCGGGAGGACUACGCGCCACCUUUCGAUGGAAGAGGAUACAUAGACUUCCCCUUUGCGGAAGAGUGA